UUUCCCCUUAAGGGAACCUCAAAGCAUUUCUUCCUGAUCACUGAGGAAGAGUUCUCAGCAGGUGGGUACGUAAUGUCGUGUCGAAGCACUACCUGCUCAAAUGGAGAACCGUCGUCAAUAUGGCGUUUUGAAAGUUACUUUGUAUGAAGGCUCCGGUAUCUCCAUGGUAGACCAAUAUAGCGAUAUCUUCCGUAGACUGGAGCACGAGCCUUCUCAUGAGUGUGAGGAAGCUCUGCAAUGGGGGUUUCGUAGUUCAACCUGAAUCAUCAGUCUUUACCGUAUGCCCUGCUGGAGUUUGAGCAUUCACAAGUGAUUGUCGACGCAGUUUCAGGACCCGCAAAGAGUUCUUUAUGGGCAGGAAAGGAUACUUCAUACAGGUUUGAAGUGUCUAGGGUUGCUGAGCUGACGGUUUCUCUUUACCUCAGGAAUCCGCAAGCUUUCAUGGGACAUCAUGACUUUUCCCUAGGUGCCGUAAAAUUGCAUCAUCCUUGGGCUAAUGAGGUUUACAAAUAUGAUAAAAUAAACGUUACUGCGAGUUUAGGCCAAGAAAGUUACGCUGCCGUUCCAAAAUGGUUGGAUGUUCAGAAUGGGGCUGGUAAAAUCCUUAUCGGGAUUGAAUUCAAGGAGCGGAAACAUCCAAGUUUGGGAUAUUUCCACCCAUCUCCACUCCUUGGAGAACAAUCGGCUUCAAAAAGCCCAACACAAACAAUGAUGAAGUAACUGAAUUAUCCAAACGGCUAGAUAGAGCAGAUCCAUCAUCCCACGCCCAAAUAAGCUCGGAAAAAAGUGAGGGAUGGGAGUUAAUAUGGGAAGAUGUAUCCCAACACUUUUGUUCCGUAACCACUACACGGGUGUUAUUCAGUCGGGAAAUACCCGAGUCCCAGAGCUCGAAGUCGACACCGCCAUCAUAACUUCACACUCCUCAGAAAAUGAAAUUCGGAUUAAUUCUCUUCCAAUACAAGACUUGCCUAAUCAAACUCAGAUGCGCGAUGCACUUGAGGUAGCUUUAAAAAGAAGCUAUAAAUCUGCAAUUCCGCGACUUCUAGAAUACAACAUAGACUUAAACAUUAUAAUUUCCAGCGACUCCAAGACUCAAACACCACUCGAAUGGGCCCCCGAGAAUGAAGAUAUUAAUCUAGUAGAAAUAUUCUUGAAAAAGAGGAGCCAAUGCAAAUCUCACAUCCACUCCCUUCACCCGAAAUCCAGCAUUAAUAAAAGCCGUAGAAAAAGCAAACGAAAAACUAGUCAAAAUACUACUACCCAAAACAAACCGAGUACUUCUCCAAUUCCACAAGAGCCUUAUCUCUCGCUGUAGAUAAAAAGAACAGAGCAAUCAUCACCAUCUUACUAAAUAAAACACGGCGUCUCUCCCCAUUUCAUCAACGGAGACGAAACCGACCAACAACCCUUCAAACACCCCAUCGAUUGGCAUACCCACAGAAUCCGCAAAGGCAAGAACAUCCACACCACCACUUAUACUACACGCCGGCAUUAUAAACACUAUAGAACUCAAGUCACCAAAAUCCGACUACUAAAUGGAGC